AGGAUAUUUGAGAAGAAUUUUCAUGUGACUGUCAGCUUAUUCUCUGAACCUUUACUGCCAUCGCUUACUGACAGCACUGCCUUCCGUCCUCAUUGUGUGAUUGUUCAGCACUGUUGUGCACAUUCAGAAAGCAGAGCCAUCAGCAGCAGCCAUGACAUGACAGCAAUAAACAACAGGAAGACACACGACAGUGACCGACGGACAGAGAGACGGAGGGAGGGAGCGAAAGCGAGCUCCUUUGCCAACCACCAGCAACCAACGAUUUGGUUUGUUUGUUUGGUAUAGUGCGUGAGUUUGGUGGAUCUGAAUCGCUAAAGCUCCCAUCUUUCCUCUCCCCCCUCCACCAACGCCGCCGAGAAGAGCAGGGGAGCACGCGGGGAUCUCGAAUCGAGCUCCUUCCCAUGGCCACCAGGGUCCUCGACACGCUCGCCGUCGCGGCGGAGGGCGGCGGCGGCGCGCUGCCGCUCACCUUCUUCGACGUGCCCUGGAUCUUCACCGGCCCCGUGGAGCGCGUCUUCUUCUACCCGUACCCGCACCCGGCCGAGCAAUUCAGGGCCGCCCUCCUGCCCCGCCUCGUCUCCUCCCUCUCCGCCGCGCUGGGCAAGUUCUACCCCCUCCUCGGCCGCGUCCGGCCCUGCCCGGACGGCGCCGGGUACGAGUUCUUCUGCCCCGCGGGAGGAGGGGCCGGUGGUGGCGCCGUCGAGCUCACCGUCGCCGAGAGCGAGGACGACUUCGACGAGCUCUCCGGCGACGGGCCCCGCGACGUCGCCCGGCUCUACUCGCUCGUGCCGCGGCUUCCGGUGGUUGAGGAUGAGGACGGCGGGUUCGCGCUCGCGGCCGUCCAGGUGACCGUGUUCGCCGGGCGCGGGGUCGCCGUCGGCGUGUCGAUACACCACGUCGCCUGCGAUGACUCGAGCUACAUGCAUUUCGUCAAGACCUGGGCCGGCCACUGCCGGCUGGCUGCCGGUGGGGAGGACUCCGGCGCUGCGCUGCCGCCCCCGCCGUUCCUUGACCGCGCGGUCAUCGCGGACCCCCGAGGGCUUGCCGCCAGGACGCUCGACGAAAUGCGGCAGCUAGCGGCCAACGGGCCUCCUCCUCCGCCACCGGUGCCGGCAGGCCCGCCGCCCAAGCUGGUCAUCCGGUCGUUCACGCUGGCCCGCGGCUGCAUCGACAAGAUGAAGCAGCGCGUGGCCGCCGACGCCAAGGACGCCACCCCGCACUGCUCGGCGUUCACGGUGGCGUGCGCGUUCGCGUGGGCCUGCCUGGCGCGCUCCACGGACGGCAACGCCCCCACGGACGAGCGCGCGCACCUGCUCUUCUCCGUGGAGUGCCGGCGCCGCCUGUCCCCACCGGUCCCGCAGGAGUAUCUGGGCAACUGCCUGCGGCCCUGCUUCGUGGAGGUCGGCACGCGCGACCUGCUCGGCGCGGACGGGGUGACCACGGCCGCAGCGGCGAUCGGCGCGGCCAUCCGCGCACUGGACGGGGACGGCGUGCUGGCGGGCGCCGAGGGGUGGUUCCAGAAGAUCCUGUCGCUGGUGCCGCGGCGGCCCAUGUCCGUGGGCGGCUCGCCGCGGUACGGCGUGUACGACACCGACUUCGGGCUCGGCCGGCCGAGCAAGGUGGAGCUGGUGUCCAUCGACAAGACGCCCGGCACGGUGUCGCUUGCCGAGGGCACCGGCGGGCAGCACGGCAUCGAGGUCGGCGUCGCGCUGCCGGAGGCCGACAUGGCGCGCUUCGCGUCAUGCUUCUCCGACGGCCUGCACCAGCUAUGAGAAGGGAAGAAGAUCGUGCUGGUGGUACAAGAGGAGAAUUGCAAAAUUGCCAUUCCUCGUAUAUUGUUAUUAUGAAAUGUAAGUAUAUUUGGGAGAAGCGGAUACUUCAAAAUAAAUGAGGCUUAUGUUAAUGGUGUUAAUUAGUUGUGGUAACUGAGAGAAGAAGCAA